AUGACAUAUGGCGACUUCGAAAAGUCAUAUCAGAGGAUCCCGUCGUAUCUGUACUUGUUGAAGGAGCGUAACCCUGGGACUAUAUAUGACUAUCAAACGACUCAUGAAGAUGUGUUCCUCCACAUGUGCUACAAUCCUCCUGAAGGUCUCAUGAUUGUGUCCGACCAGCAUAAGAGUAUCCAAAAUGCUAUUGGGUCUGUAUAUCCAAAUGCAGCGCAUGGAUUGUGUUAUCACCACUUGCAUAAAAAUUUGACACGAAUUGGCAAGGAAGCAUUAAUCCACUUCAAGAAUGCGGCAUAUGCUUAUCGAGUUGAAGGUUUUGAAAAAUUCUUUUCGGAGUUGGAGUUGCAAAGCCAUAGCGCUCAUACGAGACUUUUCCUUAUUGGGGUUGAGAGGUGGGCUAGGUCGAGAAGUCCAGUACCUAGGUAUAGUUUCAUGACAUCUAAUGCUUUCGAGGUCUUGAAUUCUCGUCUACUGUGGGCAAGACGGCUUCCAGUAUCCUCAUUGCUUGAGACUUUUCGCACUAUUGUGGAAAAAUGGUUUGAUGAGAGACGGGCCAGUGCUAUGUCCAGACAACAUGAGUUGACAGAGGCGGCUUACAACAAGCUGGCGGUGCAAGUCGAACUCAGUCAUCACCUAAGAGUGUAUGAAACCACUACACAUAUUUAUAAGGUCGAAGAGGAAAAAAGAAUUCACCAAGUUGACCUUGUGAGUCGUACAUGCGAAUGUCGUGAGUUUGAUGAGGAUAAGAUUCCAUGUCGUCAUGCUGUUGCCGCUAUUAGACGUGCCGGAUUAAAUGUGUAUGAUUUUGUUAGUGGCUAUUUCAAAACAAGCAACUUAAUCGAGACUUAUGAAGCUCCUAUUAGAGGUAUCCCACAUCCCGAUGAGUGGAAUGUUCCCUCAGAGAUCUCAUCAAUCGUCGUCCACGCCCCGGCUCACAUCCGUCAAUCCGGACGUCCGAGUAUGAGUCGUUCUAGGACUGCAUUUGAGGAGGAGUCGAUAAGAAGAUGA